CUUGCAAUCAAUAAACACAUGGAUAUUCUGUUAAAUCUAGAGCCAGUUACUUCUCCACAUAACUUAAAGGGACUGAGAACACUUUAUGACACUGUAGAAUCUCAUAUCAGAGCUUUGAAAUCACUUGGGGUACAGGCAGAAACAUAUGGCAAUCUAUUAUGCUCAAUGUUACUCAAUAAGUUACCUCAGGAAUUGUGCAUAAUAGUGAGUCGAGAAGUACAAGGAGAUGUUUGGGAAUUGGGACACUUGCUUGAGUUGAUUGAGAAGGAGCUAGAGGCCCGAGAAAGAGCAACUGCAAAUACCAACAGGGAGACUUGGCCCCAUUACCAAACAAAGAAAUUUUCCAAACCACAACCCUCAAUUUCAACCUUGCAGACAGGGGGUACAUCACCGACAUGCACCUACUGUCAGCAGUCACAUACCUCAAAUAGUUGCACCAAUGUCUUUAACAUCACAGCACGAAUUGACAUUAUAAAGCGAAGUGGACGGUGUUUUCUCUGCUUGAGAAAAAAUCAUUUAAGUCGUGAUUGCAACUCUAAGUCAAGAUGUCAUAAAUGCAAUGGUAAACACCACAUAAGUAUAUGCACCAAGAAUAGCAGUCAUAACCAUGCCCAGAAGACCCCAUCCGAUACAGAGCUUAAGCAAGAACAGCAUGAACAAACCUCUGAGAGCAAAAUCUCAAGCGACAAACCCAGUAGAUCAAAUCAAUCAGGGAAUAGUGGCACAAAAUCAUUGUUUACAAGUACCAAGACCCCAAUACUUCUUCAAACUGCAAAGGCAACAAUCCUUCCUGUGAGUAGAAAUGGUAAGAGUGGGAACGUGAGAAUUAUCCUAGAUGGCGGAAGCCAGAGGUCCUACAUCACCAGUCGGACACAAGAUUUACUAAGCCUACCCACUGAGCGAACUGAAACAAUGUCAAUAAAAACUUUCGGUUCUGGAGAAGAAAAUCUAACCACCUGUGAUUCAGUCAAUUUUAUUCUAGAAAGUCACACUGAUAAG